AUGAAAAAUCUGGUCACAAAAUGGGGGAAUUUAUCCUUGGACGAUAGGGAAGGUGGAGAGGUCCAACUUAACGACAAUGAGAGCUCGAAUAACGUAACCAUUGCAGCAAAAUUCUUGACAAGACGAGCUCUGAACACAGAAUCUGUUGUGAGAACUUUCAAUCCUAUCUGGAGGCCAAAGAACGGGAUCAAGGUACGGAGGGUGGGAGAUCACAUCAUCCUAUUUAUUUUUGACAAUGAAGAGGAGGUGGAGAAAAUUAUAGAGGGCGAACCUUGGAGCUUCGACAAACAUCUAGUGAUGUUAAAACGAUAUGACUAUAGCAUCCCAAUACAGGACUUGGUUUUUGAUCAUGUUUCUUUGUGGGUGCAAGUUCAUGACAUUCCAACAAAAUAUCUGAGUAGAGAGGUGGCUGAGAAACUCUAUGAAGCGGUGGGUGUAGUAAACAAGGAGUCUAGCCUAGGUGAGGUGGAUCGUGGUACUAUCAUGCGGGUUCGAGUAAAGGUUGAUGUAAUCCUUCCUCUCUAUUGUGGACGAAUUUUUAAACUUGGCAAUGGAUCGAGGGGUUGGGUAACCUUCAAGUAUAAGCGAUUGCCAAAUGUUUGCUAUUGGUGUGGUCGGCUGAAUCACAUUGAUAGAGAUUGUGAUCGUUGGAUACAGAUCAGUGGCACUCUAAUGAAGGAAGAUCAAGAGUAUGGCUCAUGGUUGCGUGCAUCCUCUUUACUGGCACACAACAACUCCGUGCUAGAAGUCUCGGGGUUUUACGAAACAAAAAAGAAGGAAAUAGACAGGAGCAAUAAACAGAAGGGGAAAUUCUCCAUUGGUAAUCAUGGUGAAGCAUGUGGAAAGGUAGGUGCGGCGGAGCAAUGA